AUGGAUACUGCACUAACAGCUCUAAAAGGAGAAAUUAAUCGCCUCGGUUUUGUUUCAGAAGAAAAAUUACGUUUAUUAAGUUACUUCACUGGAAAGGAAAAACUACGAGUUGAUGCACAAUCUUGCCUUGAUGAUUUAACAGAGGAUGAUGAGAAAUGUGGUUAUUUGAGGUUUCUAAUCUCUAUGCCUGAGCCUCAAGGCAUACCAACCACUGAAAUCAUCAAAAAUAUUCUUCGUGAAUCAAUUUCAAAAUUUGACAAUAUCCCGGAUGGCGUUCCCAAUAUUUCGAUUUUUAGAUUCACUGCCCCCGGGUAUAGGUGCAUUACCAAUAAAGUGGAUGGAUGCACUACCGCAAAGGUAAAGGUGUGUUACCACGAAAGUGGAUACACUACCACCACGGAGGUUCACUGCCCCGGGUAUAGGUGCAUUACCACUAAAGUGGAUGGAUGCACUACCGCAAAGGUAGAGGUGGAUACACUACCACAGAGAAUCAACAGCCAAACAACGACUCCCGUUUUUACUUUAAAAAGUCAGAGAAGAAACUUCGAAGAAAGAAAAGCUAAAGAAACAACUCGCAAAACAUCUCUCAGCACUGAGUGGAUUCAUGCAAUCGUUUUGUAUGAUACAGUCAAGUCAAGUAACGCGAAAACCGAAGACAUAUCUUUACCACUACUCAAGUCUGAGCACGCUAAAGAAGUUAUACUUGAACUGGCCAACCGGGGGGAAGUCGCGUUUGGUAGCACAUUCUACCAAAGUGGAUUACAUUACUUGCAAGAAUGCCAAUAUAAACCAAAACAUUGCAUGAGCUCCUCAAGAGAACGAAACAGCACAUCAAUGAAAAGUAUCAACACAGACACAAUCAGUAUUAACAAGAAGCGUAAAAUUGAGGAAUUGGAGGAGGAGCUCAUUUUUCUCGAUGGAAAUGAGAAUAAGAGGCUCAAGCUUCCGUUUCUCACUCUUCAUGAAAUCUACUCUCAUCGGAUCUUUGACGCGCUUCCACUCAUCAGGGUCCUCGAGUCCCUAGUCAAUGCGAUCUCACCAGACCAAAAUAAGAGGUUGACCAUCUCACUGACUCGUUCUUACUCACAAAACCACCAUUCUCUCCAAGACAAACAACAAGUAGUUAGCCGUAAGAAUGUGAUUGAUGGUGGUUCACCAAGUAUGCUGGAGAAAGACCUUGUGGAGAAAGAGCAUAAUAAGUGUAAAAAUAUCGGAAAACAUAUCUUCCUUUUGUCACCGAUUCCAGAAAGCGUAAUGAUGAGACCUAUAAGAAAAAUGAGAUUUUAA